UUUGCCUUUGCCGUGCAGCCGUGUGGUACUCUUACUUGUAAUAGAAGUAGGUAAUGUGUAAGUUAGAAGUUACUCACUUUCGAGACUUUCACCAACUGUUAUUGUUUCCAUAUAUUUAUUUGGGUUAAAAACAACUGUCCCAAAUAUCCUCCAUACAUUUUAUUUUUCGUAACCGAGUCUUUCCACCAUUAUUUUUUCGUUUUUUAAAGCAAAUACUUACCUAUCUCUUGUGCACUUGGGCGUGUUUUUUUGCUCGCUAUCUUACCAGUAUAUCGCUGUGCCUGGUAUUUAUACAUAUGGAUUUUGAUGGAGAGAAUCGUCUAUUUCGAGACUGACCAAAAACACUAAAGACGUCAGUUUGGUGAAUCACGAGAUCAGAAAGUUUUCAGUCACGAAGAUGGGCGGUCCAAUGUCAGCAUAUUGGGUUAAAUUCUUCAAAAAUGCAGGCUUCUCAUCAGAAGUUGCUGCAAAGCACGCGGUUGUCUUCUCUAACAACAGGAUACAACCAGACAUGCUACCGGAUUUGGAUAAACCAAGUCUCAAGGACAUGGGCAUAACUUUGAUGGGUGAUAUGAUAGCUAUACUCAGGUAUGCUAAAAAAGUUGUGGAAGAGACCUCUUGCGAAAGGAUUAUGGUGAGCACGGAAGUUUCACCCACUGUAGCCACCAAUAAAACCAGCAACAACAAAACUGUUGGCAGUAAAAAUACUUCCACAGUAAAAAUGGUUAAUACAAAAGUACCAGUUAAGUCAUCCAUGGUAACGAAAAUCAAGUAUGAGCCUCCUAAAAAAGUUAUUAAAUCAGCUCCAAGUGUAUCUUUGAAGCCAGUUGCUCAAGUGAAAAAAAUUGUCCCAGUCGCGCAAUCUUCAAGAAUGUAUUCAGAUUACAUUGAUAUUCCAAAACCAAGACAAAAAAGUGUUUCUCUGAAAAGAAAGUAUGACAGUGAAGAGGAAGAAGAAGGCAUUGACGGAAAGUGGGUUCACAAUGAGACGAUCAAACGCCUCAAGAAUAAUGUUGACAGUGUUGAGUGCAAGAUGCCAGUGUCUAAAAGGCCUACUGUAAUUAAGAGUCAGAAAAUUCUUAAAAAAGCCUUGGAACAAAAGAGAACAGUCUUCAACAGAUUGGGAGAUAGUAUGGUAUCAAGCACUACUAAUAUAGAAUUUUCUAAUCCUAAAGUUGGUCCCACAUUUACUGUAACUGGUGUUGGAAAAGAUGUGUAUACAAGGAAUUUGAGUGUAUUUAAUCGUCUCGGAAAUAAAGAUAACUCGGAAAUUAUGAUGGACAGAAACAUGAGAAAUGGAAAUGCUUUGAAUACAACUCAUGGUAUUUUGAAAACACGUACACCAUUACUUGGUACUAAAGUAAUUGCUACUCAUCCUGGGAUUAAGAAAAUUGGUACUAUGAGAGCUGAUGAAGAAGCUAAUAAAAAAACUGCCUUUGAAAGAGUCAAGUCGAACUUUAAAGCCUUAAAAAUCAAUACAUCCGUUCGAAACAAUACAGUCCGAAGUAACUCUGUUAGAGGAAAUCCUAUUGGAAGGAAAUCUAUAUCUGGAAAAUUAGCUUCAGAUUCGAUAGCAUUAUCAGCUAAAUCAAGGCUUGGUGGUUCAAAACAAGUAACAUUUAACAAAAUGGCAAUGAUUAAUCAUGCCAGAAAGCAAGGAGUUUUUAGUAGAUUGGGAGUUUAAUUAUUAAACUGACGCUUUGUAAUAUUGUACAUACCAUGAAAAUUUCAUUACUAAUCAACCA